CCGAUAGCCAGAGUGCCAUCACUGCCUCGAUUACCUUCUCUUUCCAGUUCGUCCAUCAACGUGCUCUCUUUCAUUAUAUUACUUUUUAUCAAUGCGCAGGAAAAAUAAAUCAAAAGCAAAGGAAAACAAAGACGCGCAAUAUGAGUGAUCUUGAGGAGAUGGACAGCGAACGGCUGAACGAGCUGGAAUCCAUUCUAUAUGCCUCGAUCCACUACAGCGAUGGAACCGAGGAACACCACACUGCCAUGGAUCAACCUGCGAAGGAGUCGCCCAGCGACCAGGAUGCCAGGAGCAUGCCACCGCCUCCACAGCAGAAGCAUCCAAUUCCCGGACAUCGUUUCGUCAGCGGAACACGAGUGAUCAACAACAAGCAGAAACCACGCUACUGGAUCGACGGAGAGGGAGCUGCGGGGCAGGGCCAUGUGAUGCGGGCGGAGGAGGAGCAGGCGACCACAAACAAAACCACACCAGCUACUGAAGAAGCUUUCUCUUCAUCACCCAAGGAUGUCGAGAAGCCGAAGGACAAAAGUCUAUUGCUGUCCCCCAAAAAAGGAACGCCUAAUCAACCGAAAAAAGUAAACCAGCCAUCGAAUCAGCAGCAAAAUUCACAGGCUAAACAGCAGCAAACUGCACAACAGCAAAAUCAACAGGCAAAGCAACAGCCUCAGGAGCAGAAAAAUUCGCAACAGAAACAGCAGCAGAGUCAAAAGCCAAAGCCGCAACAAAAUCAGCAAUCCAAGCAGCAUCAAAACCAGCAGAAGAAGGCGACGCCAGUAGUACAAAAACCAAAACCACAGCCAACCGCACCCACCAAAGUGAACCACGAAGCCUACGAGGAGGAGCGCUUUGACCAGAGACUUCUAGUCGCCAUCCCACCAAACUGCCCGCCCAAGAAGCAGAGUAAGUCGCAGCAGAACAAGCAACAGCAGCAGCAAAGCAAACAGCAGCAGAAAAAACAACAGCAGCCGCUGCAACAGAACAAACAGCAUCAGCAAACAGGACCUGGACCCUUUGGCAAAGCCAAUCGCAAGUUGGAGCAGAUUCAGCGUCUGGCAGAUAAGAAACAGAAAUCCAAGCAGGCUCAGUUGAAUAAAAAACAGCGAAAGCAGCAAUCUGCACCGGUGGAGUUUGUCAACCUGGCGGAAAGCAGCCGAUCCUCCGAUGACGAUGAUGUGGUUCUAGUACCAAUUCCGCCAGCUCCUAUCAUCGAUUUGGACACGAGCGACGGCGAGCAGACCUGUACCUCAUCCCAAUUGUUUCACGAGGAGAAUGCAAUGGACGCCACAGACGUGAAAAUGGGUUUGUCUUGCAUUACUGCACCGGAGGAGAUGAGUGCUGUUGCUGGCAGCACCACACCGUCUAUGCAUUCACCGUGUUGUUCCGUCAUGUCCAGCGAUGACUUCAUAGUGCAGAAGGACACUACUCGCUUGUUGGCCGAACGUGAGAACGCCAAUGAUGAAGAUCUCCUGGUGCUGACCGAGACGGCUAUAAGGGAAGCUAUUGGGGAGGAACCAAAAGAUAAGGAUGUUGCGGAAAAUACAUCUGUAGAUCAAGAACAUGAUCCUGCGGCUGAUACCUCAUCGGAAUAUGAAUUUGUUCCUCCUUCGCGACUGGAGGAAAUUAAGAAAAACUACCGUGUGGACGAGCAGCAAUUCAGAGCUUUGGACGUCUACGAAAGUGAAUCUGACCUCACGGAAAGUGGCAUUUACUCAAAGGCCAAAAGCAAGACCACGCCGACGAUCAUACGCAACGUAGAUUCGCCAUCGGACAGCUCUUCGGUCGAGGAGGUAGUGGAGUCCAGUGUCCAAAAGACUAAGCGUUUGCGCAAACGCUCCAGUUCAACUAACAAUCACAGCCAAUCUGACCCAAACAACGACGAUGGGUUGGAUGAUUCCGACAGCGAGGAUGGCGUCCAUUCUACUGGAGUUCCUGGCAUAGCACGUGGUAUGGCAGUGGAGCGAUGCAAACGCAAGAUUCGUAGAAUCAGCACCAGAAAUAGCUCUGAUGACAAUUCGAAGAAGACUACACGUAUCCAAAAACCAAGAGUUUCAACAAUCCAGCAUGCUAGCUCAGAAUCCUCGUCCGAAGAUGAACUGCCAAGUGCCAGGGAAAUAGCCGAGCGACUGCUUAAUCAAGAGCAAGGACAAGGAAGGGAGAAGAUACAAAAAGGAACUAGCGAAGCUAUGGAUACCGUUUCUAUCGGAUCCGAUGCGGAUUCCCAAGCAGAGGCUGAGUUUCGCGAUGCCAUGACUGAUCGAUUAACAGCAGUCUUCGAGCGUCUAGAUGCCCAAUCCAAAAAAAAGGAGGACGAGGAACAAAUGAAUGCGAGUGGAUAUCUAUCGGAUGAAGAAGACUCUCGAGACAAAAGUGCAGACACCACUGUGCGUUUCGAGGAGGAUAUGGAUGCUUCCAACGAGCUCGAAGAGGCGGAUCCAGAUGAGGACGAUACAGACUUGCCAAACGAAGAGCAGCCCAUACAAGUGGAGCAUAAUUUGCCAGAGCUAACAGACGAAAGUCUGCCAAAAAGCGGCGACCUCAUUGGCUGGAACGAAGAGAUGUGCAGCUUCUAUAAUGACAGUUGGAAUGGGGAAAACUUCUCUGUUUACAAGCUCCAAAGAAUGAUGACAGCUCAUCGCCAAGAGUGGAGGAUCAACACUGCGGACAGGUAUCCGGUGGCACGACCCCGCUCCCAUGCCAAGUGCACCAACUGCUUUGAGAUGGGACACGUUCGAUCAAAGUGCCCGCGUCCCCGCAAGCCACUCGUUUGUUUUCUAUGCGGAACUGUUGGUCAUGCCGAGCCCCGCUGUCCCAAUGCUAUUUGUUUUGGUUGCGGAUCAAAGCAGGAAACUUACGUGCAGCAGUGCAACAAGUGCUCCUUCCAUAGUCGCCUGGUCUGCCAGCUGUGCAAAAUGAGGGGACAUGGCGUGGAUCACUGUCCGGAUAAGUGGCGUCGAUACCACUCUACGACUCGAUCAAACACUGACCUGGAUACCAGGGUACAGUAUAGAAACGUACAGUGCAGUUACUGCGCCGGACGCCAUCCUUUUGAGAACUGCCGUCAGCGGAUUGGUGACUUUCGUAGCACGAACUACACAAGCCAGAUUGUGUCACACCAAAAGAUGUACAAGAAUCGCGGUGGUCCUAUCGGUAAUCUUGGAGAUUUGAGCGACUUUUUUGCCAUUGAAACUCCCUUCCACUUUAAGUGGAAUAAACCGAGUAUGCCCAAAAAUUGCUAUUAUGCUAAGUUUCUUGUGAAUGCGAACUUGGCAAAAGUCCAGUCAGUCAAGAGAAAGUCAACCACUGCUUUAGCGGAGAUUCCAGCAAAGAUGUAUACCCAUGAAUAUGUGCCCAAUGCUCAGGUGAAGGCGGCUCGAGGGGUGGUAUCCACUGGAACAGCGAAGAAAUCGCUCACGAAGCAAAAGCCUGUUGUCGAGACAAUCGCUGAGAAUCGACCUGCAGAGGAACAACCUAUAGAGGUGAUACCGCUAGAGGUUCCACCUGAAGUGGAGCAACACGAACAGGAAGGCGAGCAGCUAGUGGAGGUACAGCCUGUUGUAAGCCAAUCCGAUAAGGAGCUAUCCAUGAAUAACGCUGAUCAAGAAGAUCCAUCGUCCUCCGUUCAGCGUGAAGAGAUAACCACCAAUUUCGACAAUCCACAAAAGGAGGCUGGCCCAAGUAGAACACCUUUGACGGCACCCCAUGAGUUAGACUCGGAUUCGAAUUACAGUUUCUCCGAGCAUUUUGAACUACCCAGCUCGACAACCAGUGAUGCCCAACCCACCAGCGAACUUCCGCUCGACCAUCCCAUGUCCUCUCUACCUGAUGUCAUACCCCUAAGUAGUGACGAUUUUGAACUCUCCUCCAACUUCCAAGGAAUUUCCAUGUGUGUUAACUCCAGUAGCAGCAGUCGCCGCACCGACGACAAUCCCGAUCCGGAUUCCAGUGAAGAACUGCCAGAUGUUCCAAGCGAGGGCAAAAUCAUCAUGGCGCGCGAUCAAUCCGAGUACCUGUUCAGUCCCGAGGGCCGAAAUUUUCUGGCCGCAGCCGCCAAACAGUGUCAAGUUAGCGUUCGCAUGGACUUUAAGGACUACGGCUAUGUUCUGGUAAUCUAUGGCCUUAAAAAGCAUCAAGAAGAGUUGCAAUUGAAACUGCUUCGACGCAAUCAGGAAGUCAAACGCAAGAGCAUUGACUUCCAGAGCCAGAAACCCCCCAAACGUAUCGAUGUGCUAAUCCGCUUUAUCCGGGAUGGAAUCAACAGUCUUAACACCAAUCUAGGAAACGCCAAGAGUCACUACAUGCGCAUCAAGGAGCUAGAGGAGAUGAACACCAAAAACGGCUUUAAAAUGGCAGAAAAGAAGCGGCGUCAGCUUAACAUGAUCCUCGUGGGCCAGGCGGGACUUCUUAAUGGCAAAACACAUCUCGAUCAGUUGGUGGUCUUAUUGCGUCGCCUGAUUGAUAACUUCUCGCCGGAUGAGAACGCCACGGCACAGAUGCGCAACGAGAUCGAGGACCAUUGGCGCAUGAUCUUCACGGCAUAUCCGCAUCCGAAUUACGACGCAUUGCUCAACAGUUAUGGCCGACUGGAUCAAAAGAAUCGCCUGCCCUCGUUGCACCUAGAUCCUGUGCUGCUGGGAUUGCAGCAAAAGAAACCGCAGUGUCAUCCGCAGUCGCCUAGUAAACGGCCUCCAUCGCCUACUCCUCCUCCACCAUCUUGGCAGGACAUGGCUCCGCCGCCACCUCCAAAAAUUUCGAAAAAGAAGCAACGUCAAGCUCAGGAGCAACAGCAGCAGCAGGAGGCUCAGCAGCAACUAAAUCAACAACGCCAGCAGCAACAGCAACGUCUGCAGCAGCAACAUCAAAACCAGCAGCAACAACAGAAGCAACAGCAGCAACGUCUGCAACAGCAACAACAGCAGCAACGUGUGCAACAGCAACGUAUGCAACAACAGCAGCAAAACAAUCAGCAAAAUCCGCAGCAUCUUCGACGUCCGCAGAUCAACCAGAUGCCCUACAAUAAUCCCCAGCAACGAUCGCGAGCCGAUCUUCAGCUGCGCCAGACUCUCAAUCCGGAGUGCGACCGUCUAUUGACUGAAAUGGGUGAAAAUCAACCUGGCAGCAUCAACAAGGACGCCAACAAACCGUCCAUGUUCUGGUCACGCGAAGCGCUCAAGUACCUCGAUGAUCUUUUCAAGAUGACCUCCAAUACGGAGACCGUAGAGCGGCUGAACCGAGUGCUCCAGCGAUCGCAGCGUGGCCUGCUGUCGCACAACGAUUACCGUGCGGUCAUUCGACUGCAUUCCCUAAUGUGCAACUGAGGAUUAGCCAAGCUCAGGGGAUUUCUUUCUGGGGGGUCACUUUCAUUUUGUUUAACAAAUGCCAACAGAUUUCACAACGGGUAUCUGAAAGAUAUUACCCAAAAACCGAAUAAAUACAUAACUGACUAUUUUGAAAAAA